AUGGGCGUGUUUUACGAGGCCAUCCCAGCCAGUCUCUUUGACUGGAUCCGUGAUCAAAAAGUAUUCUGGGUAGCCACCGCUCCGCUGUCUGGCUCGGGCCAUGUCAACAUUUCUCCCAAAGGCGGCCCCAACUUCGGCAUCAUUGACGAGCGCACCUUUUGGUAUCUCGACCUGAGCGGCUCCGGCAGCGAGACCAUCAGUCAUCUGUACGAACAAGGAAAUGGCCGCAUCACCAUCAUGUUCAACGCCUUCCAAGGCCCGCCCCGGAUCUUGAGAUUGUGGGGAAAAGGCAGGGUGUUGGAGCACGGUACUCGCGACUUUUCGGUCUUUGUCGACAAACACGCCGUCCAGCUUCUGCCUGGUACACGAUCAAUCAUCGUCGUAGAUAUCCAUCAAGUCGGCUCGUCGUGUGGCUUCUCGGUGCCGUUCUUUGAUUUCAAAGAAUUCCGGAAUACGUUGAAUGACCACCACGUGAAGAAAGCAAAGAAAUAUGAAGCUGGAAAUGAAAAGGAGAGUUUCGAAAGAUACUGGGCACUCAAAAAUGCGUUCAGCAUGGACGGUCUGCCAGCAAUGCACACUGGACUGACCGUCGCACAACAAGAGAAGAUCGCCCCGAUCAAGAAGAUGGUCGGCCCAUUAGCCCCAGAGAAUGGAGUUCGUAACCAUUGUUUAUUAUGUCGUCAUGAGCCAGCAAAUAUCCACUGA